AUAAUUACUAGGUUGAUGUUUUAUAGGAGAGAACAAGGUGACACUUAUGAAGUUGGAGGAGUUGUCCCAAGAGCAGAAGGUAUCUACAAACUGAAUAGGGCAAUAGCACCAGCUUUUCAAAGAGUACCUACCAGUAAAGAUGUAUAGACAAUUCUUGAUAAUAAGGGAGGUUCUUGGGUGGUGACAUUGUCCAAGCACCAGUGUUCUUGUAGAUAUUGGGAUGUCACAGGAAUUCCUUAUGAGCAUGCUAUCAAUGCUUUCUUUUUUAACCAAAAUGGAGAUUGGAAAGAGUUGCUUGAUGAAUACCAUUUUGUGGAUAAGUACAGAGCCACUUAUGCAGGAAUGGUUGGUCCACUGGACAAUGAAUCUAAAUGGGUAGCAAAAGCUGACAUAGCUCAUAAAGUUGGACCACCACCAUUUGAGAGGUCAAAAGGCAGACCAAGAUUCCAAAGGAGAAGAGAUGCAGAUGAAGCAAAAGGCUUUUGCAGCUGCUGCUGUACAAGAACAAGAUGUAGCUGCUGAACAAGAACAAGAUGUAGCUGCAGAACAAGAACAAGAUGUAGCUGCUGAUUAUUUUGUUCCUGCAGUGCCAUUUUUAGGCUUAGAUGGUUGUUUUAUGGCAGGACAGCAUAGUGGUGGUGUUGCAACUAGAGGUGGUGUUAGAACAAGAGGUGGUAGUGUACCAAACAAGAGGGCAAGACUCACCCCUAUGUUGUCUGAGCCAGAGAUGGACCCUGAGACAGAGAUGGAGCAUAUGUUGUCUGAGCCAGAGAUGGAGCAUGUGUAUCCUGAGCCAGAGAUGGAGCAUGUGUUGCCUUCACCACCAAGGAUAAGCAAAAGGAUUCAAAGGGCUAUAGGUAAGGCCCUUAAUGGAAUUACAAUUGAUCUUACUGAAGAAUAA